CUGUUUUGCCGACACACAUUUUAUUACAUGAUUUUUUUAAUUUUUUUUUGUAGAUUUUAUAUUUUAUUUUAAAACAUUUUUAUUAAUUUUAAAAUGUCCGGAAGUAACGAGGCAAUCGUACCUUUAGCCGGAUUAAAGCCUCAUGUUCAGCCAUGGGAAAUGCUUAAAUGGUCCAAUAGUCAGUUGUGCAGUAUGUAUACAGAUUGGGGCAUCUAUUACGAGCGUACGGGCAAUCUUCCAGCAAGCAUGCGAUAUUUGAAUAAGGCUAUGGACUUAGACCCCAAUGAUACUAGCGCUUUGAGAAGACGAGCUCAUGUGAAAAGGAUGCAGGGACGAGCGCCAGCUGCUCUUCUUGACUGUAGCUUUGCCAAAGCAAUCUUGAGAAAUAACAAUCCAAAAGGAUUUGACCAUAAAGUUAACUUGGAGGUUUGCGAUUCACUAUACGAAUCGAACAAACUUGAGAAUGCUUUGCGUAGCCUUCACCAUAAUAUGAGGCUAUUUAGUUAUUCCAAAGUACAACCAGUGCAAAACCGCUUGACUGUGAUCACGGAAAACAUCAAUGAUGCGCUUUCAGAUGCCACAUCGCCAGCUGCUCAUCGUCUUAUUAACAAGAUGAUGCAUAUGAAAGAAGGUAACAGAAUAACAAAAUCCUCGAAGCCUGCAUGCGAUGUGCUUAGCAUUUUGGAAACUGAGCAAGAGUUUCUUGUGCCUCUGGAGAAGAGCAGACGCAAACGUCAGUUUAAGAUCUACAAUGAAAGAUAUUUGGACAAAUUCUGGCAAGAUGUUGGCUUCCUUAAGGAAUUGCGCGAAAAUCCGAAUCUCUUGAUAGAUCAAUUUUCCGAGUCGUCAGCAAACUUAAAGUCGAUGGCGGAGGAUAGUUACAAAAUAGCGCGAACAUUUACCAAAAUGUUACAUACGCGUUGUCCAAUGUAUUGUCGCAAUGCUGGUAAAAACGAACUGUAUCAGCAAGAGAAUCUUUUUCGCAUUCAAUAUCAGACGCGACGAAACAUGUUCAAGAUACUGCGAACCAUACGAAAUCUAAUCCGGUCUAACAAAAUGAACAAAUUGACAAAGUUUGUUGAUGAGGUCAUGGGCAAUUAUGUGACAGUCAAAACAAAUCGAAUCAUGCCCUGGAAAUUUGAAUUCGUUAAUGAGGUCUACAACUACUUGGGUUUGGCCCGCAUUAACGAAUACAAAAUUCCAACAGACAUGAAAAUUUUGGGUGGCCGACAGCGUCUAAUGAAACUUUUUAAGAUACCAACAGAACUAGAUUUGAGCAGACAGAAUAAAUAUGAAAACAUAUUUUUAAGGCGGCAAUUUGUUGUUGAUCCAAAAACAGAAAAAUUCAAAAAACUUUCUGCACGCUAUGAGUAUCGGAUGAGAUUUGCCAAGUAUCCCAUUGAACGCAGUUAUCUUUACCAUGAAUACGCCCAGGCGCAUUUAAACAUUAAUUCCUUCGAUGCAUGCUGUUUAUUGGCCCGCAAGUCUAUAGAUGAAGCCCUUAGGUGCAAUAGCUAUGUUUGGGCCGUGUUGAGCGCUCUUGUGGCCUGUAAGGCACAUACAAUUCUUGGAAAGGUUGAAAAACAAAAGGAAAUGCUCAACGAGGCAUUUAGGCUGGCCAAAAAGCUGAAGAGCAUUGAUCUAUGCCUGUUCAUCGACAUCUGUUUGAAGGUCAACACUGAGGAAAUAGAUCUCAAGAAACAUAUGGUGACACCCGAUGGCAGUAUAAGGAAGAGAUCACGUCGUUCCGGCAGCAGUUCCGAGGUGACACCUUCGGAAUCUUCACUGGAAGCUAUUUAAUACAUUUUUUUUUUUUGUACUUGGUGUGUCGCAAUGCAGCUGCAAUUUUAGUGUGUCCAAAUUAAGAGCUUCCUCUUUUGUGGGAACUCCUUUCGAAGUUUUAUCCAGAUAUACAAAAAAAUAACCACAAAAA